CGCAGAACAUUUCGCCGCUAUCCACGUUUUGGUCUGUCUCUCUUUACGUUUAGCAGAAACACGUUAGUUAUUUGAAGGAUAAAUCAUUUUUGCACCGGCAGCAUAAUACUUUUGGAAUUUUACGCAAUGAAACAUAAGAAAUCCGCCAAAAAAGCCAACACCAACCUAACCCAUAUCUACCUGAACGAUAAGAACAUUACCCAAAUUACGAGGAUCUACCCAACGAAACGCAUCCUGGUGCUAUACCUCCACAACAACCAAAUAUCGCGAAUCGAAAAGCUCGGAGCCUUUACGCAUCUCACCCACCUGUACCUUCAGUGGAACAACAUCCGAAAGGUGGAGAAUCUGGACAGUUUGAAGAACCUCAAGCAACUCUAUCUGGGAUACAACAAAAUCGCUCGGUUGGAAAACUUGGGCAACCUCAAGAAGCUGGAACAGGUCCAUGUGGAACGGCAGUUGCUGGAGGGUGCGGCCCGGUUCGAAUUUGACGCUGACUGUAUGAAGGCGCUGGCUAACCAUCUCAAAGUGCUAAACAUCAAAAAGCUCAAACUCACUCACAUGACCGCUCUCGAGCCUCUGUGGAAGCUGGAAGUUUUGUUGGCCUCCGAGAACAAUUUUAAAACCACCGAAGAUAUCAAUCCCGUAAUCAGCGCACUUUACUCACUCCGAGUGUUGGACCUCCAAGGAUGUUUCGCCCAAAAGGAUGUACACUACCGGGAGAAGAUAACGGCGGCCGCCGGUCACAAGCUAUUACUCCUGGACGGCAAGAUGAUCUCCCAAUCGACGCGCAACUUCAUCAAGAACUUCCAAACGAUCAAGCUAGAGAAGAAACGUCGUGCCGUUGCAAGCGAGGAGGAAAAAGCGAAAACGGCCGACAACUCCAAAUCCUCUCUGGACAGCGGCGGCGGCAGUGCAGCAGCGGGGGGUGACGCCGUAUUCCCCUGCCACAUCGGAGCACACUUCCCAGCGAACUCUCUGUUCCAAGUUACCUCCCGGCGUCAGAAUGGUCCGAAGGUGCCCCGGAAACCGGUUCUUCGCUCGCCAAUACUGCUGAAAACAAUGUCGGCAACGUUCGGCGACGAGUUGCUUCGCCGAGUGCAGCUGAGGACGGAUGCUAAUGCAGCAGUAGCAGGUAGUGAUCAUGGCGUUAUGUUGCAGGGGAAAGUCAUGAAGGCGGAGAUUCCGGUUUUCAAGGAGAAAAUUCGCGUCCAGCGAAAGAUGCAGUCGCUUCCGUCGAUCGAUUAACAACGCGAUUCUGUGCGUUUCGAUUGUUUUUUUGUACCGUGUGUGCCCUUAUAGUAGCAAAUGCAAGACGUUUCUGACGUAAACGACGAACAGAGAGUAGAAUUUGUUCGGAUGAAAGAAAAACCCUACCUCGCGUUG